AGAAAAUUACAGCAAUUAAUUUCUGAAACUGUACAAAGUCCCAAAUCCUAUUUUUUUUGUUGAUUCAUUCAUUGAUUUGUGAAGGUGGAAGAGGAUAAUGCGAUUGUUUCAGUGCUUGAGUCAAUGGAAAUCCAAAGCCAAAGACGGAAUUCAACAAUCACUUCUUAUCGCCAAAUUCCUCUGCUUAUUACAUGUCACAAACAACUACGUUUUCUCUCCAGUAAUGGUGUACGGUCCGAGCAUGUUGCCGACCCUGAAUCUUACCGGUGACGUUUUGCUGGUUGAACAUUUGUCGCCGUUGUUGGAUAAGUUGGGACCCGGAGAUGUAAUCCUUGUUCGGUCACCUGAGAACCCUAGAAAGACUGUAACUAAACGAAUUAUUGGUAUGGAGGGUGAUACUGUCACUUUUCUAGCUGACCCUUCAAGAAGUGACCGAUAUAUUAGCUUAAAGGUUCCAAAGGGGCAUGUUUGGAUUCAGGGAGAUAACAUCUUUGCUUCGAAGGAUUCACGGCAACUGGGGCCAAUCCCUUGUGGCCUUAUCCUGGGAAAAGUGUUGUAUAGAGUGUGGCCGCCAGAGGGCUUUGGCUCGUUAUGACAACAAAAACAAUGUAUUGUAUUGAAGAUAUACAAUUGAAAUGGGAAAUGUGAUUCUUUACCAGUCCUCCUUUGAUUAUUGCCUUCUUUCUAGGAAGAACCAAUUCUGAAUAAUGAUUACUAGUAAUUCAUUUUGGUAAGGAUGCUUUAUUUCCUGUGGCUAAGUAGUUUUUGAAGUGCUGAAGAGAGUUUGUACAUAUUCUAAGGAAUCAGUUGAAACUUGAAACCAUGAAUUUGAUUUUCUGUACAUUUGUAAUGUCUAUGGUUUAAAAUAUCUUUGAUUUAA